AAGGCACCUUUCAGAAAAGCAAAACUAAAGACGGAAGUCGCUGACUAAAUACGGUUGCGUGCUGAUGCUUUCGCGGUUUUUAAGUCAUGGAGACUGUUCGUGAGAUGAAGAUCUUCCUCAUUGACACUCUGUCGGCAGAUGCAAGCUUUGUGCUGCAGUACGCUCAUCAGAAUGAAAUCCUCACCAAGCGAGAGUACAGCAGCCUUCAUCAUCCUCACCAUACACAGGAGAAUAUCAUCAUUAACUUUCUUGACAAGGUCAUGAACAAGGGGGACAAGACCUGCUGCACAUUCUUACAGCUCUUGCAGAACAAGGAGCUGCAGCAAACAUUCCCCCAGCUUCAAGAGCUCUUCAGGAGCUCUGAGUCUAACCCCCAGCAUCAAGAGUUCUUCAACCCUCGACCUCCAGCACCCACAGAGAUCAGCGAGUACAAAAUGACCAGUGUUCCUCGUGGUGUCUGUGUGAUCAUCAAUAAUGUCACAUUUUGUCCAGAUUUCGGUGACCGUAAAGGUUCUGAUGAAGAUGAAGCAUCUCUUAAAGAGGUGUUCACCUGGCUGGGCUUCUCUGUGGAGGUAUACAAAAACCAAACCGCAGGUCAGAUGAAGGCCGUCCUCAAUGACCUGGGGCAGAGGCAUCACCAUGGUGACUGUUUUGUGUGCUGCAUUCUGAGCCAUGGCAGUGAGGCUGGCGUGAACGGGACUGAUGGUGACAUCGUCCUUAUUGGCGACAUAUAUCACCCCUUCAAGGCGACCUCCUGCCAAACCCUAAUCAAUAAGCCCAAAGUCUUCUUCAUCCAAGCCUGUCGUGGCAAGAAGACCCAAAAAUUUGUUCAAGUCCAGGCUGACAACCUCGAGGCAAAAGAACUGGAAGAGGAAGCCAACUUUGAACCAGAUGCUCUCAGGUUCAUCUGCAUCCCAGAUGAUGGAGAUUUCUUUGUGGCACAGUCGACAGUGAAAGGCUUCUACUCACUGAGGAAUCCGUGUUCAGGCUCACUGUUCAUCCAGUCUUUGUGUAAGCAACUGAAACUGCACUGUCCACGGUGUGAAGACAUCCAGUCAAUCUUGCGCUGCGUGAAUGAGGAGGUGAGUAGAGAGCUUAGGAAAGUGACGAUCGGGUCUAAGAUGGUGACAACCUCACAGAUGCCAAUCCAAAAUGUGACCUUGAGGAAAAAGUUGGUGUUGUCUGUACCUACAUAGUUCAGCUGCCCCCUCCUGUGUUGGAUGUACCCACAUAGUUCAGCUUAAGCCAAGCCAUGUUUGUUUGUUUGUUUUUGUUUUUUAAACCUUUUUAGCUGAUUACCUUUAUUGACUUUUUAAUUUUUUUUAUUUCUGUGUUUUAUUGAUGAUUGUGGUCCUUAACAAGGAAUCUACAAUGUGUGUGUGCGGAAUAAAGUGAGUGUGAUACAACA